ACCUAUAUGAACAGCUUUGAAAAUCAUAAAUCGCUCUGUGGCAAAAUUAAAAAAAAUGUCCGCCAAGUGAAGUACAAUUGAACAAAAAUUCAAAAUCCUCAGCUUCAAACGAUGAAUCGGUUAAGCUUGCCGUCGCCAUUUCUCUUCUCCGAUCAAAGAUCCUCCUUAAUCAAAAUCAAAACGCUCAGCCUUCUCACUUCGCUGGAAGCGCAAGGCUAAGGAGCGGAAGCAAUAGCUCAUCAGGCUGAUAGGGGAUCUAAGAGAAGCUGAAAGCUAGUGGAUCCAGAUUCUUCGCAUUUCGAUUUGUUUCUGCUAUCGGCUUGCAAGUGCUACUUCUUCGAUAAUUUGAGGGAAAUUAAGCCCUAAGAUCGACGGAGAUGCCUCUCAUUGUCGGUUCAACGAUGUUCUUUGCCGCAAAUUUCUCAGACAAGGAAACUAUUAACACCUCACAGCCCAUUAGGAAAACACUUGGAAAUAUAGUUUAAAGAUUUUUUAAUCACUCUGUACAUCUUCAAUCGGGCAUACCAGAAAGCGUGCAGUUAAGUCUAUUUGUCGGAGUGCUGAGUCUGAAAGCUUGACCUGGAGACACAGCUGCAGAAAUCUACAGUUAGUCUCUUCUACUUGGCUCUGCAUUCUUGAUCAUGUAUCAAGAAUUGAAUUUAGAGGAAGGCAGAGGAAGGCAAUUUUCCAGAGAAGUCUCCAGAAAAUUUCGGACAAGUAUUAAUGAAAUUAAAAGGAUUAGGAGUAUUGGAGAACUCCUAAAACUAAGAUUUUGCUAUCAGUCAACGGCUGAAGGCUUGAUUCAUGUGAAGAAAGCAGCACUUGAUCCUGGUAGGCCGAUUGGGUACUGGAUUUUUCUUAUCUCUUAUGUAAUUACUACCUCUGCGGAUCCUUUAUACUUCUACGUCCCUGUCAUCGAUCCAGAGGAAAGGUGCCUUGGAUUUGAUAGAAAGUUGCGCAUUUCAGCUAUUGUGCUCUAUGCUUUUUUCGGCUUCUUUUAUGUGAUCUAUUUUAGCUUCCUGCUGCGUACUUCUUUAACUAAAAAGGAAGCUAGACCGACCUUUCUGAGCCUAUCCAUGAUUGACUUUCUUGUCCUUAUUCCAAUCCCACUGGUGCUAGUCACUUUAGUUUCUGAAAUUCCAAAAAUGGGAGUGGAUGUUUUUUUGUUUCCAAUGAGCUUAUAUCUAUUCCAGUAUUUGCUAAGGGUUAUUCGCAUCUCAAUAUCGUUUUCUGAAGCUACCAAGACUUCAGGCAUUCUUGCUGGAGCUAAAUGGACCAAAGCUGCCUUCAAUCUUCUUCUAUACUUGCAGGGCGGUCAU